AUGAAGACAAAAAUGCAAAUGAUAGAGCUUCCUUUAGAUAUACGUGUUCCUUUAGAUAUUUUUCGAAAAACCUGCCAACAAUUUGCGAUUUUUUCCACAGCUUUAUCAAUUGAUGAAUGUAUGAUCAAAUUUUAUGGUAGGACAGUCUUGAAGCAGUUUAUGAAAGGUAAACCUGUACGUUUUGGUUUGAAACUGUGGGCUAUUUGCAAUAAAGAAGGAUUUAUUUUUGAUUUUGAUAUAUAUUGUGGGAAAGGAUCAAACCAUCUCCCUUCGAAGCAGUUAGAGAAUUUAAGAAAUUGUGCUUUGGGUAACCGCGUUGUUCUACAAAUGCUCCAGAGGCUCCUAACAACUGUGUCACCAAGAAAGAUCAGUCGUUAUCACAUUUAUUUCGAUAACUUUUUCAGUUCACCAGAUCUUUUCGUUCAUCUACGAAAAAUUGGUCUUCGAGCUACAGGUACUGUGAGAGCAAAUAGAGUAAGCGGAGUCACUAUUGAUCUUAAUAAUAAAUCAAAGAGAGGAACAUGUUUUGUGAAACAUGACAAAAAUAGUGGUGUCAACUACAUAUCAGUCAUGGACUCUAAAAUUGUCUCAUUGCUCUCGACGGCUGCUGGCAUUACUCCAUUGUCUUCAGCAAAACGAUAUUCUAAAGAUGAACAUGGUAAAGUUGAAAUACCUUGUCCUUAUGCUUUCAAUUUGUACAACAAUUUUAUGGGUGGAGUAGACCAACAUGAUUAUUACUGUAGCAGUCUGUUGCCGUGUAUUAGGUCGAAAAAGUGGACUUGGGUAGCUUUAAUGAGAAUUAUUCAAGGAUCAAUUACAAAUGCCGCCGUACUCAAGAAUUUGGUGUGUGAUAAAAAAAUUGUAACCAUAAAAGACAUUGCACUAGCUGUAGCAUCAAAAUACUUGAAUGAAACCAAUAAUAGACAAUCUCACACACACGAAAAAGUCAUGGCAAAAAAGAAAUGUUUCAACUUCACAAAAUGUUCUAAAAGAACACAACAAUUUUACGUUGAUUGCCAAAAAUAUUUUUGUUCUACAUGUUUCCUUGAUUUUCAUAAAUAA